UCAGCGGUUUGUUUAAAUGUUGGAUGCUCUGAGCCAGAGGGUCAUAGUUUAAUCACUUUUCUGUUCUACACCUCUCCGCCGCACACACGUCUGCUGUUUGGAAAAACCGAAGCAGUCCUCGACCCGUUAUUAGCCAUACGAACCUCCGGGCAUGAACUAAUUAAAAUUAACACUACAGUGCACGUUUUGACAAACCCCGUCUGAACAGCCGUCCUCAGAUUAUGGCCUGUUUGCUGCCUGCCGGUGUGAUUUCCACCACAACCCUUCCGCAUUUUCCUGCUGCUAUCGGGCUGUGACGUGUCGUGCUGACGGCGGCCUCGGAGCUGGAGGAGCGGGGGGCUGUAGCAUGACAAGAUCUGGCUCCAGACGUCCUGCUUGGCUUUCACCGGAGCUCCAGAAGCAACCCAUAACCCCUCCUUCUCUGCCUCUCUCCGGCCCGCCCAAAUAACACAAAAUUCCCGACUGAAUCCUGCCCGAGUCUGGGGGAACCAGGCGGCCCGGGAAGCCGAGGUGCGGACGGAGGCCAUCCCUGCAGCAUACAUCUGCUGUUUAGUAACAAAUGCAGUGCGAGGACAAUGGAUGAGGAUGUCACCAGGCUUACAAUACAUUCUGAAGAGCCUAAAAUAAUACUACACGGAUUGGAUGAGGGUGGUGCCGGCGGGCAGGAGUUUGUUGUGGAGCUUCAAGAGACUGUGUUGGUGUCUGAAGGCGAGGGGGAAGCCAUGGCAGUCCACAGGUUUGCCCCAGACGAGCUAGUCAUCCAGGAUGCGGUUGAGGAUGUGGUCUCGGAGUAUGUGCACUGUGAUGAAGAUGAAGACGUCGCAGUUGAAACCUGCGUGAUGGCUCUUGACGGGGAUGAGGAAGGUGUUGCCAUGGGAGACAUUCCUGAUGAUGGGCUGGACCCAGAGCAGCAGGAGGAAGACCAAGAUGGGUGUGGAGAUUAUCUAAUGAUAUCCUUGGACGAAGCAGGAAAAAUGGUAUCAGAGGAUGGAACGGAGGUAACAGUGGAGGGAGCUGUGGAGGAUCAAGAAGUUGAGAAGGAUGAGGAUGGCCAGGAAGUGAUAAAGGUGUACAUCUUCAAGGCUGACUCUGGGGAGGAUGACAUGGGAGAAUCGGUCGACAUCAGCGACGGUGACGCGGAGAGCAUGGCGCUGACGGAGCCUUCAGGCCAGACGCUCCGAGAAAAGAUGGUCUACAUGUCUGUGGGGGACUCUCAUCACAACCAAGGAAACCAUGGUGGGUCCAAGGUGACUGAUGAGGUUUAUAUGGAGGUGGUGGUAGGAGGCGAAGAGCCAGUAACUCACGACCGCUCGUAUGACAGCGUGUCUCUAAGCAAGGACUUCAUGCCUGUGGCCUGGGCAGCUGCUUAUGGUGCGGAGGACAGCGAGAGCUGUGAAAACCGAAACGGUGCGGCCAGCGCACUGCUGCACAUAGAUGAGUCUGACGGGGUGGACGAAGUGGGCAGGCAGCGCAACAAGAGCAAGAGGCGGUCGGAGCCUCGCCAGGUACAGACAGCCAUCAUCAUCGGCCCGUACGGUCAGCCUCUGACCGUUUACCCCUGCAUGCUCUGUGGUAAGAAGUUCAAGUCACGAGGCUUCCUGAAACGCCACACCAAGAAUCACCACCAGGAGGUUCUAACCAGGAAAAAGUACCAAUGUACGGACUGUGACUUCACCACCAACAAGAAAGCCAGCCUCCACAACCACAUGGAGGUGCACGCUCUGAGCAGCAAGGCCCCCUUCGAGUGUGAAAUGUGUGGCAAGGAGUUCCACCAGCAGGCGGCGUUGUUUUCUCACCGACUGCAGCAUCACCAUCGAGAGCCCAAGGGCCAGCAGCAGCAGCAGCAGCAGCAGCAGCAGCCCGCGACGCCCAACAAGAUGCACAAAUGCAAGUUCUGUGACUAUGAAACGGCGGAGCAGGGGCUCCUCAAUCGUCACCUGCUGGCGGUCCACAGUAAAAGCUUCCCCCACAUCUGCGUGGAAUGCGGAAAAGGCUUCCGCCAUCCCUCGGAGUUGAAGAAACACAUGCGCACGCACACGGGCGAGAAGCCGUACUCCUGCCUUUACUGCGACUACAAGUCGGCCGACUCCUCCAAUCUCAAGACUCACAUCAAGACGAAGCAUAGCAAGGAGAUGCCGUACAAAUGCGAGCGCUGUUUCCAGACCUUCGCCGAGGAGGAGGAGCUGAUGCAGCACGGACUAACGCACGAGGAGAAUAAGACCCACCUUUGUGCCCACUGUGACCACAAGAGCUCCAACUCCAGUGACCUGAAGCGCCAUAUCAUCUCCGUUCACACCAAGGACUACCCACACAAAUGUGCCAUCUGUGGUAAAGGCUUCCACCGGCCGUCCGAACUGAAGAAGCACUCGGUGUCGCACCGCACCAAGAAACUCCACCAGUGCCGCCACUGCAACUUCAAAAUCGCCGACCCGUUUAUUCUCAGUCGCCAUAUCUUGUCGGUCCACACGAAGGAGCCACAGGCCUCUCCCGAAAAGAGUGAGCCAAAGAGGACAGAGACGCACACUCCCGCCGCGCCGCCCAAGAAGUCUGCGCCGAGCUCGUCCAGCGCCGCAGCCGCCGCCGCUGCCGCCGCCGGCCCGGCCGGCAGAGUGAGCGCGGCCAGCUUGGCCAGCAGCGUGACCGUGGUCAUCGGCAAGGGACACAAAGAGAGGCGGAUUUACCAGUGCCAGUACUGCGACUACAGCACCGGCGACGCGUCGGGGUUCAAGCGGCACGUGAUUUCCAUUCACACUAAGGACUACCCGCACCGCUGCGAGAUCUGUUCAAAGGGCUUCCGGCGUCCCUCGGAGAAGAACCAGCAUAUCCUGCGCCACCACAAAGACGGGGGGCAGGCUGAGUGACUCUGACUGGGCCAAAUACUGUGCCACACACACACUCUCUCAAGGACAAAAGCAACCAUCGCACCCCAAUCUCUGCACCCUCAGCACGCCACCGCGCGCGCUGCACUUAUAGUCCGUUCCGUUGUCUCUGCUCUUCUUUUGCGCCUCGGCCCAAUGUUUGUUCAGAAAUGUAAACACGUGUACAUAACGUUGACGCUCUGUCCGAGAUGGCAACAGCAGGACCCUUCUGUAUGUAGACUUGCACUUUUAACUGCAUGUCCCUUUGCUGGUGACAGUUUGCAUGGCAGGUUGUGCAGAUGUCUCUUUUGUAGAUAUACAUUUUUAUUUUUUAAUUUUUGCAGGCAACAAUCAGUUGUCAAUCACUACGGUCCUAAUUACUUGUCUCAAAACUGAAGUGUGAUUUGCAAAACAUUUGCAUCGUUUUGGUUAAAAUGUACUUAAAUCCAAUUAGCACCCUGUUCCCAGUAGCACUUGCCGUCGAUGAAAUGCAUCGAGUCGUGUGUGUGUGUGUGUGUGUGUGUGUCUGUGUGAUAUGUGCGCGAAUGAACGAGAGCGGAAGCGUGAAUGUCGAACCGACAUCUGUGGUGCUUCCUGGUGCUCCAACCCCACCACUCUGUAACGUAGUGCUUUUUUCGCUGUGUUGUUAAAAACACAAGGGUGGCCGCCGCAGAGGAAAGGGCGCCACGGUAAAACCGUGUGUGUGUGUGUGUGUGUGUGUGUGUGUGUGUGCACCACUAUCACGACGCUCAGCGCUUGGUUAUCACAUAGCUGAUAUUUCAGUUUCCAGUCCGUAAGUGCACUGUAAGCCGGUCGGAACAAGCACAGGCGAAGCCCUGACUCGAUGCUACCCGGAGAGGGAAAUCCCAUUCGUUGGAAAAACUUGUGUUUUCACAAUUAGUGCUGACAACAAGGAGUGGAACCUGUUCCUGACAUGAAUUGAGUGGAUAUCUGUUAAAUUCAAACGUCAGUAUGAUACUGAUUAUAAGGCUGGGUUUAAAAAAAGAGAGAAAACGUUCACAUCAGUUGCCCAAUUCAACUCUGGCCUGAAUGGGGAUUUCACAGCGUAACUGGUGCUGCUAUGGAUUGAACUCAGUUUGGCCCUCACAUGUAGAAAGGGAAAAUGUUUCUUUCUAGAUGCAACUUCAGAAGGCAGGUGCUGGUGGUGUACUUGUACGUUGGCUUUUUACAUUUUUGUUAUCACCUGUGAUUAUUCCUGUUUUUAUAUUUAUUUCAUUUACAAGUUGUUGUAUAGUUAAGUGUAACUAGACUUCUAUGGGACGUAAAUUAUUGUUUUGUAUACAAAUCUGUACAAAGCGUGUAGAUGUAAACACUUGAUAAAACGGAAAUCUGAACUGUGUUGUUAUGGAUGUACUUCAACGUAUUUGUUAAAAAAAGAUAAUAAAAGCAAAGUAUUUUAACCA